AUGGAAGCCAGUCGUGUACAGGCGGCGGUCAGUUUUUUAGCAAAUACAUCAUAUCAAGAAAUGGAAGUGAAGUCUGAAUCGAGUCUUUCUCUACGGGAUAUACUUCCAGUAAAAGCAAAGUACUAUGACAAGAACAGAGCUCCCAAGCUCUUGGGGCAGCCGACCGUGGUCUAUUUCCACGUUACGGUAUUGUCUUUGGAUUCAAUCAACGAGGAGAGUAUGACAUACGUCGCAGAUAUAUUCCUCGCGCAAUCAUGGCGAGACCCUCGUCUUCGUCUACCAGAGAACAUGCAUGAAGAAUAUCGUAUCCUCGACGUGGCUUGGCUUAAUAAUAUCUGGAGACCGGAUUGCUUCUUCAAGAAUGCGAAAAAAGUGACAUUCCACGAGAUGAGCAUACCUAACCAUUACCUAUGGUUGUACCACGAUAAAACUUUGUUAUACAUGUCCAAAUUGACACUUGUGCUGUCGUGUGCGAUGAAAUUCGAGUCCUACCCUCACGAUACUCAGAGCUGCUCCAUGAUGAUAGAGAGUCUAUCCCACACGGUCCACGAUUUGGUGUUCAUAUGGAACGUCACAGACCCGCUUGUGGUGAACCCGGACAUAGAGUUACCGCAACUUGACAUCUCAAACAAUUACACAAGUGACUGCACAAUUGAGUAUUCUACAGGUAACUUCACGUGUUUAGCCGUAGUAUUCAACUUGCGCCGUCGUCUCGGUUACCAUUUGUUCCACACAUACAUACCCUCAGCGCUGAUCGUUGUGAUGUCUUGGAUCUCUUUCUGGAUCAAACCGGAGGCGAUACCGGCGAGAGUCACUUUGGGAGUCACGUCGUUGUUGACUCUGGCAACACAGAACACCCAAUCGCAGCAAAGUUUGCCGCCGGUAUCCUAUGUGAAGGCGAUCGACGUGUGGAUGUCAUCGUGUUCGGUGUUUGUGUUCCUCUCACUCUUCGAAUUCGCCGUCGUGAACAAUUACAUGGGUCCUGUAGCUACCAAGGCUAUGAAGGGUUACUCCGAUGAAGAUUUGUCGAGAGAUCUUGACGCUUUUAAGCACAUAUUUCCAAAUUCGGUUGACCCUCGGGCGAGUACAUCUGCUUCGCUGCCUCAGUACGAUACCUUCUGCAACGGGAGAGAGACAGCUGUAUACAUCGAUCGUUUCUCCCGCUUUUUCUUUCCAUUUUCUUUUUUUAUUUUAAACGUAGUAUAUUGGUCCACCUUCUUGUGA